AUGUCGGUAGAGCUUGAUUGGGAAGCCCUUACAUCAGGUCCUGAUGGAGAAGCCCUCGCCGCCCAGAUUCGCGACUUCAUCGACGACAAAUUCCAAAACAUCCCUUUACCCCGGUUUAUCAGUUCUGUUCGCGUCCAUUCGUUCGAAUUUGGAAGAAUAGCGCCGGAAGUCGAGAUCAAAGAUAUCUGCGAUCCUCUCCCGGAGUUUUAUGACGAUGACGACAACGACUACAGUGACGAGGAGGAUUCCGCGGAGUCGUCGCACUCCGCGCCCCCCACGCAGGCAUCCCCAGUAGAAAGAGAUAUCCAGUUAGAUGCCCGCCAGAAUCGAUCAUCGCAAUCUCAGCCACCACCCGGCGAAGACCUCUCCUCCAGCACCGCCACCCUACGCCCAUCCGCCCAUCAAAUCCACCACGGCCAUCCCCGGCAGUUCCCACCUCCCCCUAUCUCAGGAGGCACCGCCAAUUUUAGCUACUUCCACAUGGGUGCCGGCCUUUCCGGCAGCACGACACCCCUCGCCGCCGUCGCGGGCGCGAAAUUCCCCAGCCACUGGCAUGAAUCGCUGCCGCUGCGGCGCGACUCCCCGGACGCGCGACGGCCCAGCCAUAAGCAUUCCGUGUCCACCAGCUCCAUCACGCCGCCCUCGUCGCCCGGGCUAUCGACGCGGCCGACCUCGAAGCAGCGAACGAGUGACAGCGGGUCUAGCGUGGGGGACGAUGGGGAGCUGAACUUUCAGGACUCGGCGUCGGCGGGGGAGCGGGAUGCGGCGUCGAAUGCGCAGCGGGAGCGGAAUCCGACGGACAUGCAGGUUAUCUGCCAUGUGAAGUACUUGGGGGAUGUGCGGCUGGCGUUGACGGCGGACCUACUACUUGACUACCCGAUGCCGAGCUUCGUCGGAAUCCCGCUUAAACUGAACAUCACGGGUGUGUCGUUCGAUGGGGUGGCGAUCCUGGCGUACAUCAGGCGGCGAGCGCACUUUUGUUUCCUGGGCCCGGAAGAUGCGGAGUUGAUGCUAGGAGAGUCACGGGUGGGUGAGAGCAACACGGCUGAGGGCAACAUGGCGCAAGAAGACGGAACCAGAGGAAGGCAUGGGCUGUUGGAGGAGAUUAAGGUUGAGAGCGAGAUUGGGCAGAAAGAAAAUGGCAAACCGGUGCUCAAGAACGUUGGAAAAGUCGAGCAGUUCGUGCUGCAGCAGGUUCGACGCAUCUUUGAAGAGGAGUUGGUUUUCCCAAGCUACUGGACGUUUCUUGUCUGA